AUGUUAUCAUUGAUUAAUGAUAAAAUCUCAAAUGUUAAUAAUGAUAAUUGUUCAUAUUAUGGUCGAUUAAAUUCAACUGGUUUCGGUAUUAUUCGAGCUUAUGAAGGAAUUCCAGAAAAUAUUCUUGUCAAUUUAAUCAUCUCACUGAUUCUUCUAUUACUUUUUGUUUAUUUACGACGUCGUUUUUCAGAUGCGAAAAAUAUUACCGAUAAUACAGAAAUAUCAAAUUUACUCUAUGGACGAAGUAAUUCAUCACGGCAUCUCAUUCACAACACAUAUUGGUUAUGGGUUCGAGAUUUAUUUCGAAUCACUGAUUGGGAUAUAUAUAAAAAUUGUUCAGUAGAUGCAUAUUAUUAUCUUUUAUUUCAUACAUAUUUAAUUGUCUAUUUACUUUUCGUGACAAUAUUUUCAUUAGCAGUUAUAUUACCAGUUAAUUUUCAAGGAACACAAGGAGCAAAUGAACAAAGAUUUGCGCAUACAACUAUUGCGAAUUUAUCACCGGAUUCAUCAUUACUUUGGAUUCAUGCAUGUACAUCAAUAUUAUUUGUAUUAAUUGGAAUUAUUGUAGUUUAUUUAUAUAAAAAUACUACACGAUAUUAUGCUACAGAGGAUAUGUAUGAAGAUGAAGAAUCAAAAGAAAAAGCUUCUCGAACAUUAAUGAUACGUGGAAUUCCACAAAAUGUAUGUGAUGAAGAACAAUUAAAUAAUUAUUUUCGAGAAGCAUAUUCGACAUUCGAAAUAACACAUUUAAUAUUGGUCUAUAAUAUAGCUCAAUUACAGCAUUAUUAUAAACACCGUGAACUUAAUUUUCGUAUUUGGCAACAAAGUAAAAAUAUGUAUGAACAAACAGGCAAACGUCCUAUUGUUCAUAAUAAUAAAUUUGGACAAAUGUGUGGUUGUUGUGCUAAAGAGAUUGAUGCAAUUGAAUAUUAUGAAAAAUUAUAUAAUUUUUAUAAACAACAUGUAGAAGAUGAAUUUACACAUGUAAAAGAAAAAAAAUGUGGAUUAGUUUUUAUAACAUUUUCAACAAUUGAACAAGCACAUAAAGUUUAUUCAGAUUUUCGUAGAAUAUGUUUUACACGAAAUCAUCGACCGGAAACAUCAACAAGUAAAAUACUUGGAAUUCAUCAAUGGAAAGUCAAAUUUGCACCAAGCCCAAAAAAUAUUAUUUGGAAAAAUAUUCCAACAAAUGAAGCUAGUCAUUGGUUUCGUAUUAUCAUCGUUAAUAUUAUUCUUGUAUUUUUUAUGAUAUUUUUAUCAACUCCAUCAAUUGUAAUGAGUACAAUCGAUAAAAUAAUUAAUAAAUAUCGUUCAAUAGAUUCAUUAAAAACUGUAACAGAUCAAUUUCAUAUUCCAGUUAUAUUAACAUCUGUAAUGCCUGUAUUAUUAUUACGUUUAUUUGCUGCUAUUAUGCCAGCUAUUGUUAGUAUAACAUCAUUACUUGAAAAACAAUGGAAAAAAUCUAAAUUAGAAAAAUCUAUGAUGAUUAAAUUAUUUGUUUUUCUUUUAAUGAUGAUACUUAUUUUACCAUCAUUAGGUUUAACAAGUAUUGAAGGAUUUCUUCGUUGGGUUUUUCAAAGUGAUGAAGAUCCGACACAUAGUGGAAGAAUUCGUUGGAUGUGUGUAUUUUUACCGGAUAAUGGAGCUUUUUUUGUGAAUUAUAUAAUAACAUCAACAUUUAUUGGAGCUGCUAUUGAAUUAUUACGUCUACCUGAUUUAAUAUCUUAUAUUUAUACAAUUGCAACAGUUAAAUCAACAGCUGAACGAACAGUUAUUCGACAUUCUCUUCAAUUUCCAUUUCGUUUUGGUGUACAAUAUGCUUGGACAGCAGCUGUAUUCAGUGUUAUUCUUGCUUAUUCUAUAAUAUGUCCAUUAAUAACACCAAUUGGUUUAAUCUAUAUGUUAAUAAAACGUGCCGUUGAUAAAUAUAAUUUAGUAUUUGUUUAUGAUACUGAAAUAGCUGAUAAAAGUGUUCAUCGUUUAGCUGGAAAUUUUAUUAUAAUUGCAUUAAUUAUUCAACAAUUAUUAUUAUUAUUUUUCGUUCUUGUUCGUUCUGAAUCAUUGACUUAUUUAUCAAUAAUAUUAUUGGGAAGUUUUAUCAUAACAAGUGGAGUUUAUAUUUGUUUUACAUGGUUUGAUUGUUGUGGUCGAUGGACUUCAAGAAGAUAUUCAUCGUCAAGAGAAAUCUUACCUGAGGCAUUGAGUAUUCGUCAAAAAUUAAAUGAUGUAGGUGAAUUAGAAGAAACGGAAGGUGGUGAAACAAAACAGCGAGUUACAUCGAAUUAUAUUCCAACUGUAUUAAAUGCAUGUUUUGAAGAAUUUAAUACAACAAAUAUUAGUCGUAGUUCAACACGUGAACGAUUACAACAAGGAAAUUAUGGAACUAUUGAUCAAGUUAAUCAACCGAUGGUUAUUGGAACUGGUGAUGGAAAUGAUUUACUUACGGGUUGA